GCACGGUGCUGCUGAAGCCGCUAUAGAUAACUCAUAUAGCGUCCCCUUCCCUAAACUAGAGCAGAGCAGGUAACGGGCUUUCAAUCAUCCAGUCAUUUCAAACCAACCAACAGUGAUCGGAAUAUUCAUCCUAUUCUAGAUUCUCUUUUUUUUACCCCUUGCAAGACUUUGUUGGCAAUUUCGGAUCAUCCUGGAUCUUCGAAUCUGUCCCACUUUGGCACAUUACUGUACGGAAUUCCCAUUUGUAAACUUUCGCAGCGCAUGCAUUAGCCUUUUCGAGGACGCUUCGGGUUCCUGGUUAGUCACGGCUGCGCACAGAGUAUACACAUCAACAAAACAAACAAACAAACACCCCUUGUACGACUUUUCACCAUUACCAGCUGACCACAGCAACAAUCGGGGUCCACAUAAUACUACCAUUUCUUUAUCAGGUCAUAGAGGUGACUAAAGCUAUGAAACGCUCACGCGAGCCCGAAGACUCGAUUUCCAACCCGUCACCUCCUGAGCCUCAUCACAGAGACCCUGACGCCCCUAGUCCCAAAAUCCGGGAGCUGGAUUGCGACGGAGAAAACGGCGCAGCCAGCCCGUUUCGAUGCACACUGCAUCCCCAGCCGGUGGUAUUUCGUGAUUACGAUGAUUAUCACGCACACUACAACAAGCAGCACGUGAAUCGUUGCCACGAGUGCAAGAAAAACCUCCCUUCAGAUCACCUACUCAGCAUCCACAUCGAAGAAUGCCAUGAUGCUUUCCUUGCUGCGAGGAGGGAGAAGGGAGAUCACACAUACUCAUGUUUUGUCGAAGGUUGCGACAGAAAGUGUAGAGACCCGUCGAAGCGGCGUCGGCAUCUCAUAGAUAAGCAUAUGUACCCGUCGAACUUCUUCUUUGAUGUCGUCAGAUAUGGCAUUGAUGGAAGACAGUCUCUUUUGUGCGACAUCAACGCACAACAGCGUCGACCAAAGCCAAAACCCGACAGGCAGGAUUUGCGAAAUGGUGCACCUUUGGACUCAGAAAAGCAGCUUGACGACCACAGCAACCAGAUAAUGGCCACGAAUGUUUCAGAGGGAGUUGUGGUCCUCGAGCCGGCAGAGACGCACCCUACCGAGAAAGAUAUCGAAAUGAAAGACGCCGCAUCCCUGACAGGUAGCAUGUCGGCGCUGAAACUUGUCCCUCGAUCCAUUACGUUUGGUCGAUCAGGUCGCAGGGGCUUCACGAGAUCGCCUAGCCCCAGACCACCACCUGUAUAGAACCACAAAUCACAAUGGCACUACCGCAUAACGACAAUUCGACAGUCUAAGAGCUGGCUGGGAAUCCAUUCUAUUAGUCUUUGUAAUUGACAAGCCACGGGUCCAUGAGACGUACACCAUAAUCCUGCAAAUUCGUUUUUCUCCAGUCGUCGGGUCGGGAAAGCGCUCCAGCCUUGGUCGGUCUGCUCUCGCCUCCCAAACUGCGAUAUGCUGGCUUUCUUCCUGACGGAUAGCCUGAGCAUGUAUCAGUUUGAUUGAAGCCGAAUAUAAGUAAACCCUCACUCAGUCACUGGAUGCACAGCCAUGACAACCACAGUUGACACACUCAAUAUCCCUCUCUUCCUUCAGCUGUGCCUUUGGUACCCUGCAGAUACAUGUGGAGCUGAAAUUGGUCUCCUUGGUCUGCACGCAUCUGAGGCAGCAUAGCUUUAUUGCAGACACGUUGUUAGCAUCUGAUGUUUUACACUCGAAUAGAGCGAAAUAGAUGGGCAGCGUAGGCAAAAUGCACCUACCUUUUCAUAG